AUGUGGUGCUACGGACAUAUUUUUCUAGUCGGUUUCAUAUUUUUUCUCAACAUUAAAUAUAGUUUGGCACAAUUACGAAACGUUACCUUAUUCCAAAAGGGCAUUGAUGACUUGGAUUAUUUUGAUCCGAAAAUCUACAAUGUCAACGGAACGCGUAUAGUUGGCGGUCGACCAAUUAAUAUUCGACAGGUGCCGUGGCAGGUUGCCCUCUACGACAAUGGAUAUUUCAUUUGUGGUGGAUCGAUAAUAAGUGCUGAUUGGGUACUGACGGCAGCACAUUGUGUUGAAGGCGGUGGCAGAUUUGCUGUUCGUGCCGGUUCAUCAUAUGCCAAUCGGGGUGGACAAAUUAGACGGGCCCGUCUUGUGGUUAUGCAUGCUCGAUAUAAUACUUAUACAGCCAAUCGCGAUAUUGCUAUGAUCCGUGUAAAUCGACGUUUUAUAUUUAGUCGAUUCGUAAGACCCAUAGUGCUGACACGCACAGGAAGGCGUCUGCCACAACGAUUUUUUGUUAGUGGUUGGGGUUCGCGUCGAGAAGGUGGAUCAGCAACACAGCGUUUAAGAGGUGUAACGAUUGACAAGCUCAAUCGAAGACGAUGUCGGUCAAAAUAUGCCAGAGCCGGUGUUCCCAUUACUCAUUUUAUGUUUUGUGCCACAACACCGCAGAGAGAUACGUGUCAAGGUGAUUCCGGCGGGCCCAUUGUGCGUAGACGAAUACAAUAUGGAAUUGUAUCUUUUGGUAUUGGAUGUGCUCGUCCAAGAUUUCCGGGAGCCUACACAAAUAUAAGAAGAUUAAACAGAUGGAUUCGUAAUGUAAUACGACGUCGAGGUGGAAGAAUGCCAAGAUUUAGUUAA